AUGGGUGGAGUUCUCAGUUAUUUUCGUGGAUUAUUUGGUCAAAAAGAAUUAAGAAUUUUGAUAUUAGGACUUGACGGAGCUGGGAAAACGACAAUCCUCUAUCGUUUACAAGUCGGUGAAGUAGUGACAACAAUUCCUACAAUCGGUUUUAAUGUUGAACAAGUCACCUACAAAAAUUUAAAAUUCCAGGUGUGGGAUCUUGGCGGACAGACUUCAAUACGCCCUUAUUGGAGGUGUUAUUAUGCGAAUACUGAUGCUAUAAUAUACGUGGUUGAUUCAGCAGAUAAGGACAGGAUAGGUAUAUCAAAACAGGAGCUUGAAGAGGAAUUAAAAGAUGCUACAUUAAUGAUCCUUGCAAACAAACAAGAUAUUAAUGGAUGUUUAUCAUUAGCUGAAAUACACCGAUGUUUAGGAUUAGAAGCUUUAAGAACGAGAACUUUUCAAAUAUUUAAAACUUCAGCUAUUAAAGGAGAUGGUUUGGAUGAAGCGAUGGAAUGGUUAAUUUUAUAA